GCCGGCAAGGAGCCCGAGCUCGAGCGGUGCCGCGAUGUCCGAGGCAGCCGCGGCCGCGGCCGGUUUCCUUCGCCGGAGCUCGGCAGAGCGGCUGCCGCGGACCCCGUCCCGCUGGGACCCCGCGGCGUCCCGGCUCGCCGCCCAGCUGGCCCCCUCUAGACCCGUCCCCACGCAAAAUCCCGGGAGAUUCGGGCGGUUUGGGAGGACGCCCCUUUCCGACGCCUCCACUCCGAGGAGAGAGGCCAUGGCAGCCGUGUUCCUGCCCGGAAACCUCCAGGACGAAGCCACUUGCUCCGUGUGCCUGGAGUUCUUCAAGGAUCCCGUGUCCAUCGAGUGCGGGCACAACUUUUGCCGGGCGUGCAUCGUCAAGAGCUGGAAGGAGCUGGAGAUGGACUUCCCGUGCCCGCAGUGCCGGGAGGUUUUCCAGCAGAAAAACUUCCGUCCCAACCGGCAGCUGGCGAACAUGUCCGAGAUCAUCAGCCAGUUCACGCUGCGCGGGGCCAAGGGCGCCGAGGACGGGCUCUGCCCCAAGCACCGCGAAGCCCUGAAGCUCUACUGCAAGGACGACCGCAGGACCAUCUGCGUGGUGUGCGACAGGUCCCGGGAGCACCGGCCCCACGCCGUGGUGCCCGUGGACGAGGCUUCCGAGGAGUACAAGGAGAAAAUCCAGGGGCGCUUGGAUUUCCUGAGGAAGGAGCGGCAGGAGCUGCUGGAGUUCAAAGUGAACGACGAUAAGAAAACCCAGGAGCUGCUGAAAACCAUCGAGAGCGAGCGGCAGAAGCUGCUCUCGGAGUUUGAGCGGCUGCGGCAGUUCCUGCACGACCAGGAGCACAUCCUGCUGGGGCAGCUGGAGAAGAUGGAGAAGAACAUCUCCAAGAGGCAGAACGAGAACAUCACUGACCUCUCCAAGGAGAUCACACUCCUCAACAAGCUCAUCACCGAGCUGGAGGAGAAAAUCCAGCAGCCCAUGCUUGAGUUCCUCAAGGAUGUGAUGGGCAUCAUAAGCAGGAGCGAUGACGUGAAGUGUCACAAGCCCAUUCCCGUCUGCACUGACAUGAAGAUGCAUGUCUGCAACUUCUCCCUCAAGACUGUCGUCCUUGAGAAGGUCUUGAAGAAAUUCCGAGAACACCUGCAGGAUGAGCUGGGAAGAGGUGAAAAAGCUGUGGUCUCCAGCACGGGGGUCUCGAAGAAGGACAACCCACGGGUUGGACCCUUUCCAAGGAUUCUGCUCACAAACAGCACCCCCAGGCACCUCUGGAAAUGCCAAAAGUUGGCAGAAAACACGAGGAGGAACCUGGUGACCACCACUGAGAAGCCAAAGGCCCCUCGCUGCAUGCCCGGGGAGGACCUGACCCUGGACCCUGACUCAGCCAACCACCUGCUGAUCCUCUCUGCUGACCUCAAGAGUGUCCGGAUGGGCUGCAGGAAGCAGGAGCUGCCCGACAACCCCAAGCGCUUCGACACCAACUCACGGGUCUUGGCCACCACAGGCUUCACAUCAGGGCGGCACUACUGGGAGGUGGAGGUGGGGCCUUCGGAUGGCUGGGCCUUCGGCGUGGCCAAGGAGUCCAUCCGUCGGAAGGGGCUGACGCAGUUCUCCCCCGAGGAGGGGAUCUGGGCCGUGCAGCAGAACGGGGGCCGCUACUGGGCCGUCACCUCGCCCCAGCGCACCCCUCUGUGCCUCAGCCACAAGCUCAGCCGGGUCCGGGUGUACCUGGACUACGAGGGGGAGGAGGUUUCCUUCUAUGACGCCGAGAACAUGCAGCACAUCUUCACCUUCAACGUCGCCUUCCAGGAGAAGGUGUUUCCCCUCUUUUCGGUCUGUUCCACUGUCACCUACAUCAAACUGUGCCCCUGAGGCACCUCAGGGAGUGCUGGGGAAGGGCCUGGCCCCUGGACGAGCUCAAAAGACUCAAAUCAGCCUGGUUUGGUGGGAUGUGGGCUGGGGGACGGGCAACCAGGUGGUCAGGAAAGCAUCACGAGGAGGGUCUUCAGAGCAGGUGGAAGUAGGCCAGUGGUCCCCAGAAAUUGUGGUUGCCAGCUUAAAGGAAGGUUGUGGUCACCAGCUUGAAGGCUGUGGUCACCAACUCAAAGAUUGUGGCCACCAACUCAAAGGCUGUGGCCACUGACUUGAACCCAUCCCUGGAAGGGGUGAGAAGUUCAGCCAGUCAGUGAGAAGGAACCCUCCAGAUGUCAUUUGUGGCUCUGGGUCCGACCCUGGAUGGGGGUUCAAGGAUCUGUGGGAAGCUUUGGAGUGGCUCCUCCACCCCUUUGGAAGUGCCAGUAGCUGGGAAAUGGAAUAUUUAUGGGGUGAAUGACCUGUGGGAAAGGUGGGGUUGAGCAGGAAUCUCUGGACAUCCAUCCAAGGCAGAGCUCCUCUGUUUGUCCACAGAGGAGAAAUCCAGUCAGAAUUUCCUGGUUCCUUCUCCCACCUGGGGUAAUAAUUGAACCCCAAAAGCCGUUUUUGGGAUGUCAUGAGAGUUGUCCAAGCUGUCCCAGGUGACCACUGUCCACCUGGUCUGACCUGUCCGGUGUGGAAGAGUCUCUGUGGGGUUUUGGUUGCUCUCCCUAUCUGGUUCUCCACCCACGGCUCCUCUGGAAGACUGUGAAAAAAGUUAAGAGGUGCUUUUUUGGGGUUUUUUUGAGUGAUGCUUGUCCUGCUGGACCUGAGUGAGACCCAGGUUUGUCCCUCUGGUGCUCCCGUGCUUAGGCCUCUCCAUGGACAAGAUGUUCCCAAAAUACCCCUCAUGGUUCUCGCGCUUUGCGUGGGUUUUGGUGCUGAAUCUUGUGUUCCCUCAGGUUCUCAGCAAAAUCACCCAUUUGUCCUCAUUUCUUGUUUCUUUUUCCCUGGAAACCCUCGGUCUCUGCCAAGGAGCUGACGUUGAAUUCACGUCUGCUUCAUCCACUCUGGUUUUGCCAAAAAAAAAAAAAGCAGCUUUAAAAAAUAA